AUGGCGAGCUACAACACCAUCAAAGUUGUUGCGCGGUUCCGGCCGCAAAACAAGAUCGAAAUCGCCAGCGGUGGUGAGCCCAUUGUCAAGUUCGAGACCGAGGACACAUGUAACAUCCAGUCCAAUGAGGCGGCCGGCGCCUUCACCUUCGACCGUGUCUUCGACAUGAACUCGCGGCAGGAGGAUGUUUUCAACUUCUCCAUCAGGCCCACCGUCGAUGACAUCCUCAACGGCUACAACGGCACGGUUUUCGCGUACGGUCAGACCGGUGCCGGUAAGUCGUACACGAUGAUGGGCUCCAACAUCGACGACUCGGAGGGCAAAGGUAUAAUACCUCGAAUUAUCGAGCAGAUCUUCGCCAGCAUCCUGGCCAGUCCCAGCAACAUCGAGUACACGGUCAGGGUCAGCUACAUGGAAAUUUACAUGGAGAAGAUCCGCGAUCUGUUGGCGCCGCAGAACGACAACCUGCCGGUCCACGAGGAGAAGAACAGGGGAGUCUACGUCAAGGGCCUGCUGGAGGUUUACGUCUCCAGCGUGCAGGAAGUUUACGAAGUCAUGCGUAGAGGUGGCCAGGCGAGAAUGGUCGCUGCCACGAACAUGAACCAGGAGUCGUCUCGUUCGCAUUCCAUUUUCGUCGUCACCAUCACCCAAAAGAACCUCGAGUCGGGCUCGGCAAAGAGCGGUCAGCUGUUCUUGGUCGAUCUGGCGGGUAGUGAAAAGGUUGGCAAGACUGGUGCGAGUGGUCAGACGCUCGAGGAAGCCAAGAAGAUCAACAAGAGUUUGAGUGCUCUGGGCAUGGUCAUCAACGCCUUGACCGAUGGCAAAUCGUCACACGUCCCGUACCGUGACUCCAAGCUUACCCGUAUCCUUCAAGAGUCCCUCGGUGGUAACUCGCGAACGACUCUCAUCAUCAACUGUUCGCCUUCCAGCUACAACGACUCCGAAACCGUAAGUACGCUGCGUUUCGGUGUCAGAGCCAAGUCCAUCAAGAACAAGGCCAAGGUCAACGCGGAACUUUCUCCUGCUGAGCUCAAGGCCCUGCUCAAGAAGGCUCAGUCUCAAGUCACGACAUUCGAGAGCUAUGUCACCAACCUUGAGGGUGAAGUCAACCUAUGGCGCUCUGGUGAUACUGUACCCAAGGAGAAGUGGACGCCGGUUCUUGAUCGGCCCACUGGCACCCCCGCCAAGAGACAGUCCACGGGCACCCCUCGUUCGGAGACUCCGUCUGCUGUUGACCGAGUGGCCAACAGGAGGUCGGAGACUCCGUCCCGGCCAGACUCGCGGUUGGACCUUGAGAGGGCUGGCACGCCGGGCCUGCCUCUCGAAAAGGACGAAAAGGAAGAGUUCUUGCGCCGUGAGAACGAGCUGCAGGACCAGCUCGCAGAAAAGGAGUCACAAAUCGCCAAGGCUGAGAAGAGCCUUGCUGAGGCCAAGGAAGAGCUGUCCUUCUUGAAGGAGCACGACACCAAGACCAACAAGGACAAUGAGAGGCUCAACUCCGAGAUCAACGAGCUCAAGAUGCAGGUCGAGAAGAUCAACUUCGAGGGCAAGGAGGCUCUCAUCACCAUGGAUGGCCUCAAGGAGGCCAACGCCGAGCUCACCGUCGAGCUCGACGAAGUCAAGCAGCACCUCCUUGACGCUAAGAUGAGUGCCAAGGAGUCUGGCGCUAUGCUCGACGAGAAGGAGAAGAAGAAGGCUGAGCGCAUGGCCCAGAUGAUGGCUGGCUUCGACCUCGGUGGCGAGAUCUUCAGCGACAACGAGAAGAUGAUCCGCAAGGUCAUCGAGCAGGUCGAUGCUCUCAUCGAGUUGAGCUCUACCGGCGAGAUUGUCGCACCAGACGCUCUUCGCGACCUGAGGCAGAAGCUGCUGGAGACUCAGGGCAUUGUCCGCCAGGCGGAGCUCUCUGUCAACGAGCGGGGCGAACUGGACGAGGAGCACAUGAAGCGCCGCGAGGCUCUCGAGCAGCGUUUGGCUCACAUCCAGCAGGAGUACGAAGCCAUCCUGGAGCGCAACCUCAGCGAGGCCGACGUCGAAGAAGUCAAGCAGAAGCUCUUUGACGCCUACGCCGCGCGGCAGGACGGCCAGGUCGAGCUGGUCACUGAGCUCAAGGCCGACCUCGCCCGCAAGGUGGAGGAGGCGCAGCAGCUCAAGACCCAGAUUGAGGGCCUGCAGCAGCAGCUCAAGAGUGGCGAGGCCGCCGCCAAUGGCGCCAACGGCGUGCCACCCGUCAACGGCAAGACGGUCCAACAGCAAAUCGCCGAGUUCGAUGCGAUGAAGAAGAGCCUCAUGCGGGAUCUGCAGAACCGCUGCGAACGGGUCGUGGAGCUGGAGAUCUCUCUUGACGAGACGCGUGAGCAGUACAACAACGUGCUGCGCACCUCCAACAACCGCGCCCAGCAGAAGAAGAUGGCCUUCUUGGAGCGCAACCUUGAGCAGCUGACGGUCGUCCAGCGCCAGCUCGUCGAGCAGAACAGCAGCCUCAAGAAGGAGGUUGCCAUUGCCGAGCGCAAGCUCAUUGCCCGCAACGAGCGUAUCCAGAGCCUCGAGUCGCUGCUCCAGGAUUCUCAGGAGAAGUUGACGGCGGCCAACCACAGGUUCGAGGCCCAGCUUACUGCAGUCAAGGAGCGCCUCGAGGCGGCCAAGGUCGGCUCGACGCGCGGCCUCGGCAGCCCCACGUCGGGCGCCUCGUUCGCCUUCGGCGGCGGCUCCCGCAUCGCCAAGCCCCUGCGCGGUGGCGGCGGCGACGGCCCCAUCCCCGUGGCCAGCCCCGAGCAGCCCAAGCGCAGCUCGUGGUUCUUCAACCAGAGGACUUGA